UACCGCCCAGUCGGGAAAGUUAUUUGUCGCCGAAGUCAGAGGGAUCGGGCGCUGCCGGGUGAUGGCGGCUGGGUCUGAGUCUGGGAAUGAGAAGGUGGCGGGCUUCGCCCAGGGGAUGGGGUGCCGGCGAACAGCGCGGAGGGCGGAGAGCAGAGGCGCGAACAGAGGCUGCACCUGAAGCGGAAUGAAGCUCGGAAGUUAAAUCACCAGGAAGUUGUGGAGGAAGAUAAAAGACUUAAAUUACCUGCAAACUGGGAGGCUAAAAAAGCUCGUCUGGAAUGGGAGCUGCAGGAAGAGGAAAAGAAAAAAUUAAGCACAAUUCCAGCAUCCAGUGAUUUCCAGGACUCUGUUGUGUCUUCUCAAGGCAGUCUAUGGCAUGGUAGAUGAGCACACCCGCUCUGGUCUCAGCUGCACCUGAGAGAGUUGAAUGUGCAGCAAGAGGGGAGGACUAUGGGAAAGUGAAGCUGCUGGAGAUCAGUGCAGAAGAUGCAGAAAGAUGGGAGAGGAAGAAGAGGAGGAAAAACCCUGACUUGGGCUUCUCAGAUUAUGCUGCUGCCCAGUUACGCCAGUAUCAUCGGCUGACCAAGCAGAUCAAACCUGACAUGGAAACCUAUGAGAGACUGAGAGAAAAACAUGGAGAAGAGUUCUACCCAACAUCCAACAGUCUUCUUCAUGGAACACAUGUGCCCUCCACAGAGGAAAUUGAUAGGAUGGUCAUAGACUUGGAAAAGCAAAUUGAAAAACGAGACAAGUAUAGCCGAAGACGUCCUUAUAAUGAUGAUGCAGACAUUGACUACAUUAACGAAAGGAAUGCCAAAUUCAACAAGAAGGCAGAAAGAUUCUAUGGGAAAUACACAGCUGAAAUUAAACAGAAUUUGGAAAGAGGAACAGCAGUCUGAUCUUCAGGAACUGUUUUGACUGCCAAAUUUUAACAGUAAACCAGGACUAUUACCUUUCCUUUUAUAAUUGGUAAAAAAAAAAAAGUGUUCUAUAACUAUGUAUUUCCAAUGCUUACAUAUUUAUUAUUCACUUGUUUCAGAAAAAAAGUCAUGUAUUUCUGUGUUCAAAGUGUGCUUCACGUAUGUACCUGCUGGGCUUAAAAUUCCUAGCUACAAACAUGUGAGUCAUCAUCAUCCUUAGAUUUGUCAUGUUUGACUUGACCUAGAGUUGAACUAGGGAGCUUCAGAAAUAGAAUGCUAAAUUGGUACCAAUUUUUCUUGUAAGCUAUGGUAGGUGGUGAAAGGAAGGGGACAGUGGCUACUGGAAAUUCACCCUGGCCAACCCUCUCCAGAAAUAGUCACAAUUAACAGGUGCUUGCCUAUCCCAUGCUCUACCCCAGGGCCCAGGUACAUUUACAGGGCGAGCACAGAAGGUAAGAAAAAAAAAAAAAAAGAAAGCACAGAAGGUAAGAAAAAAAAAAAGAAAGAAACUGAUCCUCUAAUGACAUUUUGUAAAUACACCAUUUUCAAAAAGCAAAUUUCCCUUGGAAGAAACUGUAUUCAAACAUUUGGCCAAAGUAUUAUUAAAACUUACAUAAUACAAUUUUUUUAAAAGCCUGAGAUUUUAACCUUAUUCAACUGUAACUGAAAAAUGAGGGCAUGUAGUUUGAGUAGUAAUCAUGGGAAACAUGGGACAGAAAACCUGAAAGGAAUAUCCCAUAAAAAGUAAAAGUUAUUUGUGCCAUAUUCUAUGAGGACUAGAACUGGGUUCAGUAAGUUGGGCACACCAAUAGGAAGCUCUGAUAUAGUGAAUGCCAGGCUGAUUAAGAUGGUAACAGAAGUGCCAGUAAUAAUAAUGGUAUAUUCAAUGUACUGUGAAUAGGGAAAUUUUAAUGUACAUUCAAAUACAGAAUGAAGUAGAUCUAUACAUA